CAUUGAUGACGGCGUUGGGUCGGACCCCCCACCUGGGAUGGAGGGCUUGGUGGUAACACAACCAGCAGCCUCAGAGCCACUAACAGGGGUUGAGCUAAGUCCCACACAACCAAAGGAUCAACUCCUCAAGUGCCAUUGCUCAGACUGUGAAAAUGAAAUAUGUGAGACUGAUGGCUACUGCUACGCGACCAUCAUUAUAGACAGUUCAGGAAAGAAGAGCAUACACAACAAGAAGCAGGCGUGUUUGGACAAAAACGAGCCGUCGGCUUACAAGUGCUGGAAGCCUGGAGGCUUCUACCACAAAGUGUACCGAUAUGGACUGGAGGAAAAUCUAACAUGCUGCCGCAACAUCGACUUCUGUAACCUCAAGUUCCCAUCUGCUUCCCCUGGGGGGCCACCCAAGCCUCGCUUGUUUCCAGAGGCUUCCUCCUCGGAUGAGCCUGGCCAGAGGGGUGGGGAAGACCCAUCAUCAAGUUGGAAGACAUGGAAUCCAGCAUUAGCAAGUGCCGUGGCAUUGUGCGUCUUACUGACAGCCGUCCUGGUGGCUUUUUUAUGCUAUUGGCAUCACCGCAAGGAACGCACAGAAAGAAUCAGACACGGUUUCCCAGACGUAGAGUCUAUUUUAGAUCGAUCGGAAGUUCCACUGAUGGGCUCGCACACACCCAUCCGAGAAUUCAUGGAUUUGACCUCAAGUGGGUCAGGCUCUGGUUUGCCUUUGUUAGUGCAGCGAAGUAUUGCACGACAGAUACAGUUAAUUGAUAUCAUCGGCAAGGGUCGCUUCGGAGAGGUGUGGCGCGGAAGAUGGCGAGGAGAAUAUGUAGCCGUCAAAAUAUUUUCUUCAAGGGAUGAGCGUUCUUGGUUCCGUGAAGUUGAGAUCUACCAAACAGUGAUGCUGCGUCAUGACAACAUCCUUGGCUUCAUUGCAGCAGAUAAUAAAGAUAAUGGAACAUGGACACAGCUUUGGCUUGUGACAGACUAUCAUGAAAAGGGCUCGCUGUUCGACUACUUGAUGCGGUAUACAGUUGAGACAUCUGGAAUGAUUCGAAUGGCUUUGUCCAUUGCAACAGGCUUGGCACAUCUCCACAUGGAUAUCAUGGGAAAUAAAGGAAAGCCAGCCAUUGCUCACAGAGAUUUAAAGAGUAAAAAUAUUUUGGUCAAGUCCAAUGGAAACUGUGCCAUUGCUGAUCUUGGCUUGGCAGUCAGAUAUGACUCAGCCACAGACAGUGUGGACAUUGUCCCCAACAACAGGGUGGGAACAAAACGAUAUCUUGCUCCAGAGUGUCUGGAUGAGUCAAUGAACAUGAAUCAUUUUGAUUCCUUCAAACGUGCAGAUGUUUAUGCACUUGGUCUUGUCUAUUGGGAGAUUGCAAGGAGAUGUAACACAGGUGGUGGCUGUGAAGAAUACCAGUUACCAUAUUAUGACAUGGUUCCUAAUGAUCCAACCAUUGAUGAGAUGCGAAAAGUGGUUUGUAUAUACAAACAACGACCAGUCAUACCAAAUAAGUGGCAGUCCUGUGAGGACCUGCGAGUGAUGAGCAAGCUUAUGAAAGAAUGCUGGUAUCACAAUGCAGCAGCACGACUGACCGCAUUGCGCAUCAAGAAGACUCUUGCCAACUUGGGUGCUCAUGAUGACCUCAAGUGCUAAGAUACAAUGCCACAGAGGAGGAGAUUAUUAGACCUUGUGAUUAACUGUGUUCAAUUCCUUAAAGAUAGACAUCCAUCGGAUGCUACGCCCAGUAGAAUACUGUGAGAAGAGACACGGUGUAUAUGUGCAUGUCUGUGUGAGAGUUGCGUGUGACGCAAAAGCAUGUGUGGAUGAGUAAAAAAUGCACAUUUUUCUCCAUACUUAGGCAUAGCUCAUAGGCUCAGCAACUGUGCACUCUGUUAUAACGAGGUAUGUAGAACACCAAAAAACAGUACUUUGAAGUAAUUUAUGUUGCUCAUAUAUUAACCUGAAGUUUAUUCAAUCUGGCAGUUAUUUAAAGGGUUGAUAUUUUUAAUUGUCAUCUUUGUACCUGUAGAAAGUGCAAGUAAAAGUUUUUUAUGUAGUUUUUACAUGGCCAUGAACACACACAUACCAUUCCUGCUCUUCUCUACAAUGCUGUAUCUUUGUAUGCAUAUUCAUAUCAUUCUGUACUGGACUCCCUCUUAACUACAUAUAUCUAUACACAUAUGUGCAUAAAUGCUUUUGCAUGUGUGUGUUUGUGUGUGUGAGUGAGUGGAUGAAUGAAUGAAUGCAUGCAGGCAUACACUGCUGAAUGUAAACUUGCAUGUGAUACAAAGUAAUGUAUACAAGUACUCUCUUGCAUAUGUGUAACUCGUGUAUAGCAUGGAAGACUUUGAUGCCAUUUCCCAGUUUGAAAGUUUCAGGUUACAGUCACACCUUCCUGGUCUAGUGAGGGAGGAGAAUGCUUAAAGUGUUAUGCAAAAAGAACUGUAUUGUAGCAGGUGAGAGAUACUAUUAGCUUCAUUGUUCAGUGAGAAAAGAUUGCCUGGUAGAAUGAUUAUGGGUAUGUCUCACUGCCUCUGGAUUGUCCACCUAGAGUGUACUUGUCCACUUUAACAUUUUGCAUAUCACUGGAAAUCUGUGUAAUAGGAAGAUAAGUGUUUACAGAGAAGCAGCAAUAGUUUGUUGUGUUUUUAAGAUAGUGAAUCCUUAUCAGCUGCAAAGUAGCAUCUUUUUACACUGGCCAUAGUGUUACAUAUCUUUUAAAAUUGUUGUACUUUCUAACAAUCAAAGAGAAAAGAUGGGAUGGAAACCUAACUCUGGAAAUUGGUAGCUGGGAAAGAUUUGUUUACUUAAAACAGAAGUAAAUUAUAAAAUGAACCUCAUAUGAUAUUGACUAAUAUUUUUGUGUUGACGGUAAUUGACACUUCAAAAUUUUAGUUGUCUAUGGACCUUUAUUGCAGAGCAGUUGUUCAUCAUUUGUUGUUUCCCAAAGAAUAACGAUAAACAUUUGACUUGCAUGUAUGCAUAUACACAUACACAUAUGUUAGUGUUUAAUAUGUCUGGAAAUUUUUCUUUUGCUUCUUUAUAUUCAAGGUAAUUUCAUUCAU